AUGGCUGAAAACUCAUCAAGUGGUGGUUCUUCAAUGGCUUCAGCUCCAGCAAGAUCAGAUGAUCCAGCAUGGGCUCAUGGGCAAGUGGUUGUUGGUGGCCAAGUUGAAGCUUGUAAAAAGGUCCCUCCAGAUGUGAAAUGGCAAAUGAAGCAAUUGAUAGAGGACUUGACAAUGGAGAAAGAGAAAAGAAAGAGACUUAGAAUUGAUAUUAGAAAUUCUCAAUCACUUUCCAAUAAUGAAGUCAAAGAGGGUGAUAGUACAAAUCCUACUUUAAGUGAUAUCGGUUCACAAGCAAAUAAGAGAUUGACAAUGCAAGGCACAAGUGCAAAUAGGAAAAAGACGACUUUAUUCGUUCCACGAAAUACCCCAAAUUCACAACCUAGCAUUAAAAGUGCAAUGGCUUCUAAAGAGAAGGAACAUAAUACAAGGAAGGUCAUAGCAAGAUGGUGGUAUAAUGUUAAUGUACCGUUUAAUGGUGCUAAAUCAUACUAUUAUCGACCAAUAAUAGACGCCAUAGCAUCAAUGGGACAUGAUGGGUGGUCAAAUAGAAGGAAUGUACCAGUUGUGAAUUUUCUUGCUUAUUCUCCAAGAGGUACCAUUUUCUUGAAGUUAGUUGACACUUCGGGUCUUCGAAAAGAUACAGAGACAUUACUUGAAAUGUUUGAUGAAAUUGUCAAAGAAAUGGGGCAGGAAAAUAUUAUCCAAUUUGUUAGUGAUAAUGAGUCUGCAUUCAAGGCUGCUGGGAAGGCUUUACAACAAAGGUAUGGCACUUUCUUUUGGUCUCCUUAUGCUGCCCAUUGCAUUGAUUUGAUGUUAGAAACAUAA